CGCGUCCAUACAUGUAAAUUUUCUCCUCUCGGUCCUUUGAUAUGUCUAGAAUAUCAUCAACCUUUGGCAAACAAGCAAGUUUAAAGUCAUCACCGAAACACACUGGAGGUUUGUAAGCUUGAUAUUAUACAGACAAAGGAAUCACCAUCCUAUAUAUGUUCGCAAUCAUUGCAUUUCAACACUGACAGCUGAUCUGCACUUUUGACGUUAGACACACGAUUUUUUUCUUGGUGUCAGGGAGGAACAGUGUUGUGCAUGAAGGUACAUAUUUGACACAAAGCACAUUUCUGAUACAUUUGCUUGCUUGACUACUAUCUGUGACCUAAUUAAACAUGACUGAGCGAGGGAGAAUAAGUGAGCCGAUUGGUUCACAGAGUCCCGAUGUGAUUGAAUGGAGCAGGUCUCUCCGAAGUCCCUCACCAACUCGUCAAAAUUUGAGAUCUCGUAGUCCCUCACCAUCCCGACUCACCAGUGCUCGUUCUCACACAUCUAGGAAAGAAGAUGGAGAUGAAAGUGCCUAUCUGACUGAUGUUCAAAACUCAGUUCCAACCAUGUCAACCAUGUCCACCAAGAAAUCCCAGAAAUCUAAUAAUAACCUCAGAAAGAGCACUGGUUCUCUGGCCGCUACUCUAGGAGGGUCUGGAAACAUAAAGUUACAGAGAAGUGCCAUGCUGGAGAAUGUGGAAGGAGAGUACAUAAAAAAUCUCCAGCAGCAAAUCUACUUCUUAGAGCUGGAAUCAAACUAUUUAAGAGAACAGCUGAAAAAAGCCACAGAAAUGCAUCCUAAGAUGACGGCCGAGGCAGAGAGAAUGCUGGCAAAACUCAGGUCCAUGCAGCUAGAGAUAGAUGAUCUACAGCUGGAGGUGAAAAGGAAAGAAACAGACAUAGCUUUACUAAAGACAGAGAAAGAGAAAAUCAUGGAGAGAUUGGCUGAUGAAGAAGCUUCCAGGACACGGGACAAGAGAAUGCUGAUGGACGAAAUUGUCCAGCUAAAGAAGGACAAGGAUGUAAUGGAGCGUGAAAUCGCCAAGCGUGACGCUCAGCUGAUGGACGCUAAAUCAGAACUGGACAAAAGCUCGACAGCCCUAAAAAAUUCAGAACUUAAAAUCGACACCCUAAGAACUCAGCUAGAACAACGAAUUGAAGCCCACAAUUUAGCCCAGAUCGCUUUGGAUGAGAAGCGCUCGGAACUCCUGAGUAUGGAGACUCAGAUGAGAGAGGUGGAGGACAAGUAUUACAAUCAGACACUGCAGCUACAGGACAAGGUCGCCAGUGAUCUCAAGGAAGAGAUCCAACUUCUGAGACAAAAGUUAAAAGAGACAGAAAUGGCAGCUGACCAAGACCGCUUCCUGAAAGUCAAGCUUACAGAGGACAGUACAAAUCUUGCCAGAGAAAACGCAGCACUGAACCAGCAGAUGAUUGACUUAAAGAAGCAGCUAGAAAGGGAGAAGGCCUAUAGGGAGGCGACAGAGUCUCGUCAGAACCAGAGCAUUUCCGAGUACGUCCAGAUCAAGGACAGGGAGAAGGAGGUCCGCUUUGAGUUACAACACACACAGGAACUGUUGAAGAAAGAACAGGAAAAAGCCAGGAACCUUCUAGAUCAGCUGACAAAGUAUGAAUCUCUAUCGACAACGCGUGAGUUAGAGGUGAAUACCAGCAGGAGUCGAGUGGCCGAGUUAGAGAGCCUACACAGCAGUGUGGACAAGGAGAACAUGCAGCUACGCAAGGAUAAAGUGCUACUGGUCGACCACGUGUCUGAGCUACAGAGAAAGCUGGAACAGAAAGACAAGGAGAUCGUCCUGCUGAGGACCCAGGUCCAGACGAUGGAGGUCAAACUGAAGGACCUAGAACACCUGAAGACACUGGAGUCCACGGUCCAGAGUCAGAAGUGGGAGGAGUUUGAGAAGCUGGCAGAGAACAUGCGGACCCUGUCCCACUCCAUGGCCCACUCCCCCUCCACGUCCCGGGUCAUGCAGUACUGAGGUGGCCCGGGGGUCAUGCAGUACUGAGGUGGUCCCAGGGUCAGGCAUUACUGAGGUGGCCCCAGGGUCAGGCAGUACUCAGGUCUCAGGGUCACAACUAUUGUUAGACAGUUAAAGGUCUAGUAAAAAUGAUGUUAAUUGUACUGUUGUUUAAAGAAAAUCUGAAGAGUUACAAUUACUAAUUAGUAAGGAUGUUUUUAUUUUUAAAAAAAGCUACAUUUUGUUUUUAAUGAUUGUUUUUCAGUAAAACUGGAAAUUAUUUUUUUAUUGAUAAAUAACUA